UUAGAUUUUCUUAAAAACGGUAUUGUGAUUCAGAGUAUACUAUUAUUAGAAAAAUUACUUUUUAUUUUUUUCAUAUUAUUACUUCUGUUUUUGGUUGUUAAAUACGAUAUAAUGAAAGGCUUUCUAAUACUAUCGUGGACAUUGUUAAUUGUUACUUUUGUUGUUUUAAGUACAGAUAAAUCAGUAUUUGGAGAAACAAGAGUCAAACGAGCAGCAUUUAUUGGAAGAGGCCCACAAUUGGAUCCAAAAAAACGACCAUUUUGUAAUGCAUUUACAGGUUGUGGCCGAAAACGAUCAGAAAUACCAUCUGCAGAUCAAACGCCUAAUCUGCAUGAUGAAAGUAUUUCAUCAUUGUUGGAUUUAAGUGCAGAACCAGCUGUUGAAGAUUUAUCCAGGCAAAUCAUGUCUGAGGCAAAACUAUGGGAAGCAAUACAAGAAGCAAAUCAAGAAAUAUUACGUCGAAAACAAGAAAACGCUGAUAUAGGUAAUAAUUUAGUUGGAUUAGGAAAUGGUGGUGGUCGAUGUGGGCUAGGUGGUAAUUGUUUCAUUCAAAAUUAGUUGAGUUGAGCAUGUUAAUAAUUAGAUAUGUAUAAAGAAACUAUUAGUAAUUUUGUGAUUAUUGUGUUGGCAUUAAAAGAAGACUACUUUUAAUUUUUCAU